CAGUGUCUUCCCUGAAAAGGCGGUCUUGGAGAUGAAGGAAACUGUUAUGAAGACGGUGUUCAUGGCAAAGGGGAGAAAGCCUAAUGCUUGACAUCACAAUAUCUCAACUGGGGAGCCAUCCUGAACUACCGGCUUCCGUCGCAAGCAUCGACCAAAAUUCGAACGCCCGAACAUAAGGAUUGUUCUUCCGCUUGCUCUCACGGCCUUCCCAUGCCACCAAACCGAAUCAUGUUUCUCAACCCACCCCACAUGGCCCGCGUUGCAGCAUCACUCACCCUCCUCACCACUCCUGUCCGUCUCUCAAUGACCCUUGCCGGCGUCUCUAGCCCGCCAAGUCCUUGUUCUCUCAGCCCAUUUCCGCCUGAGCCAGGCCUCCUGCACUGCUGGAAAGUUCUCCAUUCACCAGCAUCUGACGCAUCGCCCCAGUCAGUGUCCUCACACUCUGGACACCAGCCGCAACGGCGGAUGAUAACCGUCUCGAUACCGUCACUAUCGCUGUUACUUCUGCUCCGCGUCGUCUCCAUGGCCGGUACCGCGACGUCGCCGUUGGCAGCAGAUAAAGGUCCCGGAUUCUCAAGCGAAAAAGAAGACAGCGACGCGUCAGGUACGACGUAAGAGGAGUCGGGGCAAAUGCGAUUGUCGUCGUCUGGGGCAUCGAAAUGAAAUGCCCAUUCUGGGUGUGUAAUGAGAUAGCACUUGUAGCGGCAAAAUUUAAUGUUGAUGUCGCGAUGGCCGCACGAGUACGUGUAGCGUGUUUUUUGACACAUGUUGAUGGCGGUGAUAUGAUUUGGCUCGAAUUUCCUCGGGGGGCUCUAUCUGUACUGAUUGCUUCUAGCGGUGUGUAUCAGGCGCAAAAGCCACGAUGCGGUGUGAUGAAUGGAGUGCAGGAUAUCUCCGCUAUUGCUAUGUGUUGGGGGCGAAACAGAC